UGCGCUGGGCGAGGACGGGGACCCCCCCGCGCCCCCCCAGCCCUUGGGGGCACCAUGAAGGACCGGCUGGAGCAGCUCAAGGCGAAGCAGGAUGCGGACGAUGAAGAGGAGCUGGAGAUCGCCGUGGACAACACGGCGUUCAUGGAUGAGUUCUUCUCGGAGAUCGAGGAGACCCGGCAGAACAUCGACAAGAUCUCGGAGAACGUGGAGGAAGCCAAGAAGCUCUACAGCAUCAUCCUCUCAGCCCCCAUCCCAGAGCAGAAGACCAAAGAUGACCUGGAGCAGCUGACGGCAGAGAUCAAGAAAAUGGCCAACAGCGUCCGUAACAAGCUGAAGAGUAUGGAGAGGAACAUUGAGCAGGAUGAGGCACGAUCCUCCGCCGACCUCCGGAUACGCAAGUCCCAGCACUCGGUGCUGUCCCGCAAGUUCGUGGACGUCAUGACCAAGUACAACGAGGCGCAGGUGGAUUUCCGGGAGCGCAGCAAGGGCCGCAUCCAGCGCCAGCUGGAAAUCACCGGCAAGAACACGACGGACGAGGAGCUGGAGGAGAUGCUGGAGAGCGGGAAUCCCUCCAUCUUCACCUCGGGGAUCAUGGACUCGCAGAUCUCGAAGCAGGCGCUGAGCGAGAUCGAGGGGCGGCACAAGGACAUCGUGCGCCUGGAGAGCAGCAUCAAGGAGCUCCACGACAUGUUUGUGGACAUCGCCAUGCUGGUGGAGAACCAGGGAGCCAUGAUCGACCGCAUUGAGAACAACAUGGACCAGUCCGUCGGAUUUGUGGAACGGGCCGUGGCCGACACCAAAAAGGCUGUGAAGUACCAAAGCGAGGCCAGGAGGAAGAAGAUCCUGAUCAUGUUGUGCUGCAUCAUCCUCGCCAUCAUCCUGGCAGCCAGCAUCGGGAGCAUCUUCGCCUGAGCCCCCCGCCCGCUGCCCUCCAGGUGGCCUUUCCCCCCUCCUGCCCCCUGCCUGGACGAUCCAUCGGAGAGACCCCGGCCAUGCCCUGAUCCCCGGAGCCCCGAGGACAUCCCAUGUGUCCCUGGAGGAGUGGAGCCCACCCGCCGCGCUCCCCCCUCCCCUCCCAGCGCCAAGGUCCCCUCACUCCUCCUCCUCCACUCAGGUGACAGUCGGUGGCCGCUGUGACAAGCAGCCCCUCCUCGGUGGCACGGAGCGGCCGGGGGGGCUGUGUCCCUCUCGGGGGGGGGACACAGGGCUCUGCCUUGCCGGGGCGGCCGGAGGAGCCUCUCCCUGUGCUUGGUGCUCCUUGGAUGUGCAGCCACCCAUGCUGGAGCCUUCCUCCUCAAUAAAGAGCUCACCCACA